GCUGUUUGGGAAGAACCUGUCAUUGGGGAAAAUGCACGAAUGGAUGCAUAAAUGGAUAUUGGGGUGACAUGUGCUAUAACUCUUGUCCCGAGAAUUGUGUCACUUGCUCGAGUAGAUAUUCCUGUAGCAAAUGUUAUGAUGGAUUUUACAAUAACGGAGAUAUGACUUUUCAUACUGACUGUAGUCUCAAGUGUUCCACAGGAUGCAAGCAAUGUACUAACAUUAAUCGUUGCAAUGAAUGCCAAGUUGGAUAUUACAUUGAUCGAGGACAGUGCUUUAAAUGUAGCACUAACUGCAAAUCAUGUAAAACCCUAAAUUACUGUGAUAAAUGCAUUGAUGGCUAUUAUUGGGAUGGACGUUUUUGUCAACACUGUAGCCAUUCUUGCCAUACAUGCAAUUCACUAGCAGAUUGUAUUGGUUGUUCAUCUGUGUUUUAUUUGUCGAAUUAUUGCUCCGAUUGUCCAUCAUAUUGCAACUCCUGCAAAUCAGGUGCUUUAUGCACCGAAUGUAUUAAAGGACACUACUUAGAGAAUAAUUUAUGUCAUCAAUGUAAGGGCCAGUGUAGAUCUUGUAAAACAUGGAUGGACUGCACCGAGUGUAAUGAAAGGUAUUAUUUAUGGAAUGGUAAUUGCUAUCCGUGUGGUACAAAUUGCAUCAGAUGCAUUGGAAUCUCUGACUGCUCUAAAUGCGAAAAUGGUUAUUACAUAUACUUUGGGCAAUGCCAUAGUUGUAGUUUCCAGUGUAAAUCAUGUACGGCUAGUUAUGGAUGUAUUUCUUGCAACGAAGGAUACUACGUACAAAGCGGAGUUUGUAAGCAAUGCAGGAAAGGAUACUAUUUGCAAACAUACUAUCAACAAACCUUUUGUGUACGGUGUCCGAGAAAUUGCACUUCUUGCAGUUCAUCACUCUUUUGCAAUGAAUGUAAAGUCGGGUUUAAAGGGACUGUUUGUUCGGAUACUUGCUCUAACUGCAGAAUUGGAACUAUCUGCGACCAAACAACAGGCCAUUGCAGUGACGGGUGCGCAGAAGGCUUCACUGGUGCAUUAUGCGACAGCCAAUGUAACAGUGUUUGUAAGUCCUGUUCACAACAACAUGAAGACAAAUGUUUUGGAUGCGUUGAAAAUAAAUAUGGUAAAACAUCUGACUUUUACACAUGCGAUCUUAUGUGCCCUGACAGGUGUCUGAAACAGGCAUGCAAUGAUGAUACAGGUAACUGCCUUUACGGCUGUCAAGAUGGAUACUGGGGAACAAAAUGUUCGGCCCCUUGUUCAGAUAAUUGCAUUGAAAGCAAGUGCCUCAGUGAAAACGGGUUUUGUUCAAUAGGCUGUAUCAAGGGGUUUAAAGGAGAGCGUUGCAAUUGUCCUCAGAACUGCAACUGUUUUGAAGAUGGCGUUUGUGAGACUUGUAAACUCGGCUUUGCUGGUACCCAAAGGAACUGCGAAUGCUCGACAUGCUUAGAUGUUUUUUGUGCGUCAUGUUUUAAUUCAACCUAUUAUGUGACGGAUAACUACUGUUGUCCAUGUAGUCAUAACUGCAAGAAUAAUGAAUGCAUCUCUGAUAGCGAAUGCCUCAGUGGGUGCAAAAUCGGAUAUUUCAGAAACGAUUGUUCUAAGCUUUGCACAAGUAAUGACAUUAACUGCUUAGAAUGUUUGACGGACGCAAACAAUGGUUAUGGCGGAUGUAGCAGAUGCCUUACAAAUCAUUAUCCGCGUCAGGAAAACAGGGUAUGUCGUGUAUGCUCAAAGAAAUGUAGAAAUGGAACAUGUGAUUCUAGACACGGUUAUUGUUCCACUGGUUGUGAAGAUGGUUGGUGGGGGCCUACAUGUGAAAAAAACUGUAGCCAAGGUUGCGUUAUUUGUGCACAAAGCGAUGGCAUAUGCUCUGUAUGUGCUGAUGACAAAUAUUUGCAUGAUUGCUCUUUAGCCUGCAGUGAGACUUGCAACACAACUGAUGGAAUGCCUAGAUGUAGAAUAAUUGAUGGGUCAUGUUUAUUUGGCUGUGUAAAUCGAACAUUUUAUGGAACGAAGUGUGAGAUGAAAUGUAGUCCCACAUGCCAGGAGCAAACCUGUAAUCAAGCAAAUGGUGCAUGUCUAACUGGUUGCGCAGGGAACUACUUCGGGGUACAGUGCGAAUAUAAAUGUAACGAAACAUGUUUACUUUCGAAAAAUGGUAAACUGUGCUAUGAAGGCAACGGGACGUGUCUUUCAAACUGUCAUAAUGGUUAUCAUGGAUAUAUGUGCAAUAUGACAUGUAGCCAAACCUGUGUAAAUAGAACAUGUGAUCGACUGACUGGAGCUUGCGUGUAUGGCUGCGAUUCUGGAUUUGAGGGGUCUCGUUGUGAAAUGGAAUCGGAGCAUACAAGUGGCGUCAAUAAUAGUAAUCUUAGAAUCGGUGCAUCAGUUGGAGCUACCUUCCUUGUAGUGUUAAUUGUUGGAGCGAUUGUUGGUGGUUUGCUGAUCAAAAGGCGGCGCAAUAAAAAGAUCUACGAGGACGAAGCCAUAACAGAUACCACUGUAGUUACCUAUAGUGAAGUAGUAUUAAGCGGAAAUCAAUCGGAGCAAAAUGAUGCAGUAUAUGCUGUGCCUAACAAACCAAAGAAAAAUGCAACUGAACGAUCAAAGAUUUCAGAUAAAACAAACAGCGAUGCGAAAAGUUCAAAUGCAGUCUACCAAGUGAAUAGAGCAAAACAUCACAACGUAAAAUCAGUUUGUAUUCCAAACUACGAAGAAGUCAGUAAUGACGAAAAUAUAAGAUGUGACAAUGAUAAUAUUAUCAACAGGACACGUAACAACAACCCACCACUUGCACAAAACCAGAGAGUUUUCUAUGAAAAUACAAAUGUUCAAGAGUCUGUUUACAUGAAUUCAGGGGCACCAAAAAAUUCAAACCGAUCGGCUUAUUCAUUCUUGGAGAUUGAUGAAGAAGAUGUAAGCGGUCUGGCAGCUAAUGUACAAGAAGACACUAGAACAAGAGGACACGAAUUUGAUUAUGCUUACUACAAUGUGGCAGCUAUGAAGAAGAGAAAAGUGAUGUUGAACGAGUUGUCAGAAUACGUUUCGAAGAAGACAAAAGAGGACUUCAUCGAUGAGUUUAAUGCUAGUAUUACUAACAAAUUUAAAUGAUAAAAGCCAUUUCGCCUAUUAAAUAAUGCUGUUACGGGUCACGCAAGGUGUUGUAAUACUCUGUCUUAAGACAUUUUUUAAAUUUUAUACACCAUUGCAGUUUAUACUGUGUAUGAACCAAACUGUUCGGAACAAUAAAUAAACAUAUUCUAGUCAAUAGCUGCGUUUAGAAAAUUUUAAUUGGCUAAUUAACAUAUACACUGAA